UGUUGCGCAAUGUGAUCCCUCAUCAGUGCCCCUAAGCCAGCACACAACUCCAAGGUCCAGCCAGUCAGCGAUCUGUCCCUACCACACACAGUUCUUUCUGAUCGGGUCAGCAGAUUAGUACCUGAUCAUCACAAACAAAGAUGGGAGACUGGGGAUUCCUGUCCAAACUGCUGGAUAAAGUCCAGUCCCAUUCCACUGUGAUUGGGAAGAUCUGGAUGAGCGUCCUCUUCCUGUUCAGGAUCAUGGUUCUGGGUGCAGGUGCUGAGAGCGUCUGGGGUGACGAGCAGUCCGGUUUCAUCUGUAACACUCAGCAACCUGGUUGUGAGAACGUCUGCUACGAUUGGACCUUCCCCAUCUCACACAUUCGCUUCUGGGUCCUCCAGAUCAUCUUCGUCUCCACACCAACAUUGAUCUACCUGGGCCACGUCAUGCACAUCCUCCACAAGGAGAAAAAGCUGAAGGAGCAGCCUUCCAGCCCUGAUGGGCCCAUUCUGAUCAGAAAGUCCAAAUACACAGAUGAAAAGGGAAAGGUGAAAAUCAAGGGGAACCUGCUGGGAAGCUACCUAGCUCAACUUGUGUUCAAAAUCAUCAUUGAGGCCGCCUUCAUUGUGGGACAGUACUACUUGUAUGGCUUUGUCAUGGUGCCCAUGUUCCCAUGCUCUAGGAAGCCAUGUCCCUUCACUGUGGAGUGCUACAUGUCCCGACCCACAGAGAAAACCAUCUUCAUUAUCUUCAUGCUGGUGGUGGCCUGCAUCUCUCUGUUCCUCAAUGUCAUUGAGAUGUUCUACCUGAUCUGCAGGAGGGUAAGAUGUGGGUCCAACCCUAACAAAUACAAGAUUACUUCACCAGAAAACCCUGCGGGCCUGUCAGGUCCCAGUUGGCCGACUACAGAGGAAACGCUCCAGCAGAACAAGACGAAUGUAGACCUCGAAACAAGCCGCAGUAUUGGAGGAAGCCUGGAUGGGGCCAAAGAGGAGAAACGGCUACUGAGUAAUCAUUAAAUACCACUCAUGUGACCCUUAAAAUGUAUUUUCUCGUUUCAUGUUUUCUCUCCAUGUUUCAUAGUUCAGGUACAUCCAAGAGACUAAAGAUUUCUUCCAAUGUGGUGCAUAUGACAGAAUAUAAAAGAACAGCUCUGUGUAAUAAUGCAAUAUUAUGUGCAAAUAAAAUCUUCAUAAAACACCAAUAUUUAGGGAAAUAUUGCCAGACUCAUUUAUGCUUGUAUUACUAAAUGGAGACCUCCUAACGAUAGUGUGCAAUACUAAUGAUGUAUUUAUAUUAUAGAUGCUCACUUGAAAAUCUAUAGGAAAACAGAAUGUUGUUUAUGCCCAGUUGUUGAAUGUGUUCUUUAAGUUAUUGUCAUGGUUAUUAUUUAGGACUUGAAAUAAUUUUCCUACUGAACAAUGAUGAUGAUGACGAUUAUUGUAAAAAAAAAAGUCUGUUUCUAUUGAUGUGGAAGAGACAUUUUUGUAUGCUUUAUUGUUUUUAAUAAAUGAUUUAAGUUGGGAAAA